AUGGCUCCCCACGCGCAAGUUACCACGGGCUCCACGAACGGGGCGGCUCUCAAUGGCACCACCGCCGCUGCUUCUCCCACCACUUUCGUCGUCAACUCACCCAAUGUUACCUAUACUGACGCCGAGAUCAAGUCCAAGUACACCUACCGUACCACCAGUGUCGAGACUGACGCCAGUGGCAACUUUGUUGCUACUCCCAAGGAGACGCAGUAUGACUUCAAGGUCGACCGCAAGGUUCCCAAGGUCGGCAUGAUGCUGGUCGGCUGGGGCGGCAACAAUGGCACUACCGUUACCGCUGGUAUUCUCGCCAACCGCCGCAAUCUCGUCUGGGAGACCAAGGAAGGUCCCCGCGAGGCCAACUACUACGGCUCUGUUGUCAUGGCUUCCACCAUGAAGCUCGGUUCUGAUGCCAAGACCAAUGCCGACAUCAACAUCCCCUUCCACAACGUCCUGCCCAUGGUCCACCCAAAUGACCUUGUUAUUGGCGGCUGGGACAUCAGCAAGAUGAACCUGGCUCAGGCCAUGGACCGUGCUCAGGUCCUUGAGCCUACCUUGAAGUCUCUUGUCAAGAAAGAGAUGAACGAGAUGGUCCCCCUCCCUUCCAUCUACUAUCCUGACUUCAUUGCUGCCAAUCAGGAAGACCGUGCCGACAAUGUUCUCGAGGGCACCAAGGCUUGCAAUGGCCACGUUGAGAAGCUCCGCCAGGAUAUUCGCGACUUCAAGGCCAAGAACAACCUGGACAAGGUCAUUGUUAUGUGGACUGCCAACACGGAGCGAUAUGCCGACAUCAUUCCUGGUGUCAAUGACACUGCUGACAAUCUCCUCAAGGCCAUUGAGCAAGGACAUGAGGAAGUCUCCCCCUCCACCGUCUUUGCUGUUGCCUGUAUUCUUGAGGGAACCCCCUUCAUCAACGGCUCUCCUCAGAACACCUUCGUGCCUGGCGCUAUCCAGCUGGCUGAGAAGCACAAUGCAUUCAUUGGUGGUGAUGACUUCAAGUCUGGCCAGACCAAGAUGAAGUCUGCCCUUGUCGACUUCCUCAUCAAUGCCGGAAUCAAGUUGACGUCUAUUGCCAGCUACAACCACCUGGGCAACAACGACGGCAAGAACUUGAGCUCCCAGAAGCAGUUCCGCUCCAAGGAAAUUUCCAAAUCCAACGUGGUCGACGACAUGGUUGAGGCCAACACCGUUCUGUAUAAGAAGGGAGAGCACCCUGACCACUGCGUUGUUAUCAAGUAUAUGCCUGCUGUCGCUGACAACAAGCGUGCUCUUGAUGAGUACUAUGCAGAGAUCUUCCUCGGUGGUCACCAGACUAUUUCCCUGUUCAACAUUUGCGAGGACUCCUUGCUUGCCUCUCCUCUCAUCAUUGAUCUUGUCGUCAUUGCUGAGAUGAUGACCCGUAUCCAGUGGAAGGAUUCCACGUCCGAGGACGGCUACAAGAACUUCCACAGCGUUCUCAGUGUUCUCAGCUACAUGCUCAAGGCUCCUCUGACUCCUCCCGGCACCCCUGUUGUCAACGCUCUUGCUAAGCAGCGUGCCGCUCUGACCAACAUCUUCCGUGCCUGUGUUGGUCUUCAGCCCGAGUCUGAUAUGACACUUGAGCACAAGCUCUUCUGA